AUGGGUGAAUACCUGGGGCGAGCUCGAGCGGCUCUGCUGGGAUCCUUCGUUGCCGAUGCAGCGACAUCUUCGCUUCAUUGGAUUUACAAUCGGAAUAUACUCCGGGAGACGCUGACCAAGCCGGUAGACCGCACAUCCGAGCCGGAGUUCUUUGAUCCACCAUCGUGUCCGUUCUACACCUGCGAAGUCGGCGACCUCUCGCCAUAUGGACAGGAGCUCCUCCCGCUGGUUAAAUUUCUGGCCGCGACCGGUAGUUGCGAGCCUCAAGCAUGGGCACAGUUUUUUGCGGAGUACUUCGCGACCACGGACCCCCCGCUCGCCUACAUGAACCACAGCGCCAAGUCGAUGCGGGACGCUGUGCUGGAGGGCGGCAGGACCUGGCCUGAGUGCGGGGAUGCGCUGGAUUCCCAGGCCAAUUGCUUUGUCAAGUCGCCCGCUGUGGUGGCCCUGUUUGGCGGUGUGGGUGACGGGGGGGUUGCGCUGCGUACGGCAGUUGACGUGGCGGUACGGGCCCAGCAGAACAACGACACGGCGGUGGAGUUGGCCUGGGCUGCGGCCCGGGUGUUGGAGCGGGUGAUUACCUCGGGGGACUCUGUGGAGGCUGCCCUCCUCUGGCUGUUGGGACCUGAGGGCGGGUUGAGUGAGUCGUCCAAGGCCCGUGAUGCCGUACAGGAGGUGCUGGCGAACAAAGAUGUGGACCCUCGCAGCUUGAUGUACCAGGAGGGUCCUGAUGUUCAGUUUGGUCCCUGGCGUGCGGGUUGCGGCAACCCGGGGUGUCUGAAGGCGGCCCUGCUGGUGGCGCUGCAGGCUCCUGACUUCCAGGCCGGUGUACGACACAACUUGCUGCUGGGAGGGGACAAUUGCUCACGAGCCAUCCUGGUGGGGGCGCUCCUGGCGGCCAAGGGCGGUGCGUCGUCCAUUCCAACCGCCUGGGCCUCCAAGACGAGGCAGUACGACAAGCUGGCACUUGUCGUAGAGGCUCUCAUCAAGAGGCGAAUGGUCAAGGACGGCCUGAUUGCAGUGGAGGAUGGCGUCGCUGCCGCCACGGCGGCGGCGGAGGCCAGCGCUGACGCCGCAGCGGCGACUGUCGCGAACGGCGUAUCGGAGGUGCAUGAGGUCGCAGCCGCUGCGGUGGGGAAUGCCGCGGCGGAGGCGGCAGAAGCUGCGGAGACCGUGCAGACGGCGGUUAACGGCGCAGCUGAGGCCGCCAGAGGAAAGGUACUGGAGGUGCAGCAAGCUGCGGCGGAGGCGGCGGCAAGUACGGCAGCGACGGCGUCCCAAGCGGUUGACGCGGCGGAGGCGAAAGUGGCGGCGGUACAAAAUGCUGCUGAAGCUAAAUUGGCGGACGCGACGGCGGCGGCGGUGGAGAAGGUGACGGCGGCACAAGCAGACGCGGCCGCGGCGACGGAGGCGGCGGAGGCAAAGGUGGUGGCGGCGCAGGCGGUAGCUUUGGAGAAGGUGACGGCGGCACAGGACGCGGUGACGGCAAAGGCGACGGAGGUGGAGGCGGCAGCUGCGGUGAAGGCAGAAGCGGCGCAGGCAUCAGCAUUGGCAGCUGUUGCGACGGCGCAUGCAAAGGCGGAGAAGGUGGCGUCAAACAUCGCAGCAGAGGCGCACGAUGCUGCGGCGGCGGCGACAGGUCAGGCGGAAGAAGCUGCCGCGGCGGCGGUGGCGCAGGCACAGACGGCGGCGGCGGAGGUGGCGGUGGCUGCACAAGAGAAGGCGGCGGCGGCGCAGGAGGCCGUUGCUGGGGCUCUGGCGAAUGGGCAGGAGAAGGCAGCGGCGGCGCAGGAGGCGACGGCGGAGGCAGCCAAGGUGGCGGCGGCGAAGGUGGCGGAGGGACAGGCAGCCGCGGCCGAGGCGCAAUCUCGAGCAGCGGCGGCGGCCUCGGAGGCGCAGGCGGUGGCAGCGGCAGCGGCCUCGGAGGCGCAGGCGGCGGCAGCGGCGGCAGCAAUGGAGGCGCAGGCGACGGCGGCGGCAGCGGCAGCGGAGGCGCAGGCGGCGGCAGCGGCGGCAGCAACGGAGGCGCAGGCGGCGGCAGCGGCGGCAGCAACGGAGGCGCAGGCGACGGCGGCGGCAGCGGCCUCGGAGGCGCAGGCAGCGGCAGCGGCGGCGGCCGCGGAGGCGCAGGCGGCGGCAGCGGCAGCGGCCACGAAGGCGCAGGCGGCGGCAGCGGCGGCGUCCACGAAGGCGCAGGCGACGGCAGCGGCGGCAGCAACGGAGGCGCAGGCGGCGGCAACGGCACAAGCCAAAGCGGCAGUGUCGAGAGCUUCAGAGAUUGCAGCGGAUGUGCAAGAAAGUGCGACGGCGGCGGCGGUGGCAGCAACAUCGAAGGUGGAUGACGUCAAGCUGCAAGUUGCUGGAGUGGUGUCAAGCGCGCAGAAGGCAGCGGCGGGUGCGGUGGGCGGCUUGGGGGGGGCGGCGGCGUCAGCGGCCGCGGCACAGCCGCCGGAAGCACCGGGGGCAAACCCACCGGAUGGUCCGUGCUGCUGCAUUGUCAUGUAG